CACAUUGCCUUUCAAAAUAGGCGAGACGACACUUCUUCGAGUGCUCCAUAUAUAUGUCUUGCUCCGCACGAAUACAGACCGACGGAUGGAUUCCGAGCAAACUGAAGACACCAUCUCUCAAGCUCGCUUCUACCAAGAUACGAUCGUAGGAUCCAACGCUCAUGAUCUUACAGAUGUUCAGGUAUAAAAGGAGCUCUGUUGUCGAAGCUUUUUCCUGAUGAUUCGCAGCGACAAACACUACUUGCUUGUAUCGAUGUAAAUAUGUUGUUCUUCGAGCAGGAUGCCAUGCGGUUACCGUGGUCAUCUCGUCCGACUUAUCCUGGUGAUGUCUCAACGCUUUCUGAAGACUACCUCGCUUGGUUCGAAGAGCUGCUUCCAGAGUAUCCAUGGGAUGCGUCACUAGUCCUCAAAUGUAUCAGUCUACUCCAACCCGAAAGCAGUUACUAUCGGGAUUGGUCGGUAAUCAUGGAUGCCACAGACCGCAGUCUGGGUGAAACGGCCUCAGUCGAUGCAAGGUUCUUCGCUCGUAUGUCGCUACUUGGAAGCCUCUGCGAGAUGGCCCUGGUCCGCCGAUGGAGUAAUCUAGAACUGACACGCGAUGGUCUGGGAGAUGAAGCCAACCACAUCAUAGUCGACACUGAAUCGGAAAGGCUGGUGGAGAUCAUUCAACGUAUCCUCGAGCAGCAUUCCAAGGUCAAAGACAUCACCGAGACUCGACCUUACAAGUAUCUUCAGUUGCUCGUCAUCGACCACGAACUCCUGCGCCAAAACCGGGUGGCAGACUCGCGGAAAAUUCUAAAUCAGGCGAUGCCCCGUCUUAAUACCAUAGAAAAAUAUGCUAUGGCGCCUGAGGUCCAAGACCACCAGCUGUACAUUGAGAUAUUGUACCACCACUAUAUCCUUACGGCGAAGAAGGAUAUGCGCAAAGUGAUGCUAAACAAGAUCGCAAAAUUCGCAUCACGCUUUGGUAGAACUCGAGAGAUCGCAAAUCUGCAAAGGUGUAUCAUCAGGGAUCGGGACUUAUCCCGCACACAGUUCCACCCGACGCACGCUCGUCUCAUAUGUAAGGUGAUUGGUUGUUUCGAGUCCAUCAGGGAUCGAUUACCUGGGCAUGAGAUUAGAUCGUCUUUCAGUGAUCGAAGCAUUUUUGAAAACAUACUCCAUAGUUUCGAAAAUAAUGAUAUUGAGGAGCCUCCGCCACCUGCGGAGCAAGCCAGAAUCGAGUUCAGACCCCAGGAUCAUCAACCUUUGUACAUGCCCCCUGCCUACCCUUUCUACCACAAUUCGACACGGGAUAUGCCAUCGCACUUACCACCACCUACAACGACACAGAAUUACGUAGAUAACUACUACAACUCGUCCGGGCCAUAUCAAAGCUUGGCGCCGACAACCUAUAAUCCGUUCUCGGGCACAUACGAGAAUCCAUCUCUUAGGUCAAUGUCGGCCGCACCACCAAUGCACGCACCUCCAUUAAUUGGGGAUGAACACCGUCACCCAGGCGGGUACAACUUUAGAGGCGGAGUAUUGCCAAGUGCUCAACCAACAAUGAGCCAAACACCGUAUCACUACACGGAUCCAUGGUCGGGUCCCAGGGGUGGAGUCAUGCCAAAGGCUCAACCAACAAUGAAUCAAACAUCGUAUCACCACUGGUCGGGACGCAGAACUCCAUCACCUCCAUCACGACCACCACACAAUGACUCAUGGCAUGUUGCUGGUGCGCAAGAAAAUUCUGAUGCCAUCAGUUCACCUGUGCGACCGAUGAGCAAAUCUCCGCCCGGUUCGCCACUAACGCCUAUUCAGGAGCGCCGCGAAAGUAGCGAUUGAGGAGCCGCACAUUAGUUACAGCUGGAGAUGAGGACAAAAGAGUGGCAAGGUAUCAUUAAGCAUCGAGUUGUAACAUAGCUUUCUCGUUCUCCUGCGAAUAAAAUCGUUGCCAGCAUAAUCUUAUAGCUGUACUAUGUUUCUUAUUUCAUCUGUCGGUGACUGUCUUGGCCCCUUACCCUUUCUCCAGAGGAUAAUCGGUAAAGUGAGCGGGACGAAUUCGAGCAUGCAUAGGGAAAUAAAGCUCGUCACUGAGAUCUCGGACUUGCUUUGCAGACCGUGCCGUGGCUGACAUCACUAGUACAGUCAUGCUUGACAAAAUAGAGACUUUGGGUUCUUUAGUGACCGAUUGAUAGCAGAAUUAUUGUACCCAAAUCCAGAGUGGAUGGAAAAGCACUCCAGAUAACGGCUCGUUUCGUCUCCUUCACCACUGCCUGA